UGCGGAAAAUCAGGAAAAUGUCAUUGUUAGUCAGGCUUUGUAGUUGUCUUGUCUCGUUAGUUCGCCGAGUGAUCGCGCUGGUUUCAAGAAAUAUCGUGGUGGUAACGGAAUUCAUUCCUCUAUAAUGUUAAAACGAGGUAAUGAUUCUUUCGAUGAUAGUAAAGAGGGUACCUACACUGACGCGGUCCACCCGCGGUUUUUACAGAAACCCCCUAAAGUUCUUCGCGGGUUGAAGAUUGCCCUGGUCCAACUGGCAGUUGGUCCCGACAAAAGCAAGAACAUUGCGCGGGCAGUUGAAGAGAUCCACCGCGCUAAGCAGGCUGGAGCGCAGCUGGUGGCUCUGCCAGAAUGUUUUAAUUCACCUUAUGGCACCAAGUUCUUUGAUCAAUACGCGGAAGAAGUCCCCAUGGGGGAGACGUCGCGUGCGCUCUCCAAGGCCGCAGCGGAGGCCGGCGUGUGCGUAGUGGGCGGCACCGUGCCCGAGCGCUGCGGGGAGAAGCUGUACAACACGUGCACCGUGUGGGACGCGCGCGGCAAACUCCUGGCGCAGCACAGGAAGAUGCACCUCUUCGACAUCGACAUUCCAAAUAAGAUAACGUUUAAAGAGUCCGAAGUUCUAUCAGCUGGCGACCAGUUGACCACAUUCGAGGUUUACGGCGUGAAGAUCGGCCUGGGCAUCUGUUAUGAUCUACGGUUCCAGGAGAUGGCGCAUCUUAUGGCAAACAAGGGAUGCUCCCUCCUGAUCUACCCGGGCGCCUUCAACAUGACCACGGGCCCCAAGCACUGGGAGCUGCUGGCCCGCGCGCGAGCCACCGACCAGCAACUUUGGGUGGCGCUAGUGAGCCCGGCGCGCGACGAGGCGGCCGGCUACGUGGCGUGGGGACACUCCACGCUGGUGGACCCCUGGGGCGCCGUCGUCGCCAAACUGGAUGAGAAGGAGGGCACUCUCACGGGCAAUAUAGAUUUGGAUACGGUAGAAGAAGUCAGGAGUCAAAUACCAAUAAGAAGUCAAAGGCGAACGGAUAUCUACGACACCAUCGCCAAAUAAGGAUAAUAAAUUAAAAUCUAGAUAAUAUACAUACGUACGUAUCAUUUAUUGUACUGUUGUAUAGUAUGUAAAGAGAGAAAGGCCACGUCUCAAAUACAACACCUCGUAUUUAGAAAUGAAAUGUGCAGCCAGUCAAAUCUUUCUCGAUUGUGAGAUCAGCACGACUAUAAGCUGUGCAUUUGUAAUUCAGGUACUAAAGUGACAGUUUGAUUGUCCAGUUCAUUUAAGUAAGGACGCGAAGCACUGAGUAUUUCGUGCAUUGAUCCACCGGUUUCUAUGUGCCGGCGUUCAAUGCCCCUGUGCGACCGGGAAACCAAUAUAUUGGGUCAUUACCUAUAAAAUUGGCGUUUUUGUUCAUAAGUAUUAGUCAUGUCAUAGUUUAUUUAUUUUAAUAGUAACUUCGAAGUAUUUUUUAAUUUCAUUAGUGCGCUACAUAACAACGAUUUUACAUACAAUUAUUUGCUACUUUUAUUGUUUUAUGUAUUCAGAAUACCGCCCUGAAAACAGCUCUUUUCAUGUCCUGCCGGCUCGAGUAUUUAAAUGACUUAUAUUUUUCUGACGAGACAGAUUAAAAAAAAAAAUGAUAUAGAAAAUGUGCCUUAAAAAUGUCUCAGAUUACUGGCAAAAAUUUGUUUGGUUUGAAAAUGCCAUCACAAAAUAAUCCGCAAAAAUCAUUGUAUGCAAAAUCGAACUUCGUUAAAGUUCUCCAUACAAAACGCCAAUUUCAUAGGUAAUGACCUAAUAAUUAUACACGUGCGAUAGGGACCGUGCGCGUUGGAGGGUCUGCCAUCUUGUGGCCUGAAUCGGAACCAUAAACAUGCACAUGUACACGUCACCUGUUUUCUUGCGCAUAGUAGGUUCUGCCAUCUUGUGGGCUACAUCGGAACAAAAACAUCACAUUUACGUCUCGCGCCAAAAAUCUGACGGCUCCUGUGCUGCCUCCUACAGUUCAUGCACGCUCCCUAUAGAGCGGAAAUGGCGGAACAAUGUACGAAAUUCUUCGUACUUACUUUAGUACCUAUUUGUCCUGGUUUUGUACCGAUCUUGUACUAAAUAAGAUUACAAAUCAGUCGGACAAAUUGGGGCAAAGAGUUGAACCUUUCUUGGGAACGUUCUCCGUUAACUAUGGGGAAUAUUCUUCUCCAUACAAAACAGAGAACGUUCUCGAGAACGGCACAACUACAGGGGCAACUGAACUGCCAUUUUAUAUACUUAAUAUUUCUUUUUCGUGUACUACAUAAUAGAUCUGGAAUAUAUAAACAAGAAUAAAGAGAAGGUAUACAUAUGGAAAAAAUAAGUUGAUGAAUAUUAUUAUAUUAAUUAUCUUUGCAAUAAGAUUUACGUAUUGUUUUAUUAUUGUCUGUGAUGGUAUUUGCCGUAAGUGAUUACCAAGCUACCUAUCAAUUUUGUGGUAGGUAUACAAUAACAUUUUACACCAAAAAAUAAAUAUGUAAAUGUAUUUUUAGAUCUAUGUAAUUUAAUUAAUGAAAAUAUUUUUGGACGAGUCCUAUUGUUAUUAAAAUUUCGACUUUAAA